AUGCUACCAAUAGCGGCUGCUACCGAGGAGCUUGGCUACGCAAGCAGGUGGAAGAAGUGCUCCCAUCACAUGCACGACAUGCACAGUGGCCUGUUUUCAGAGUUCGAGUUCCAAGACUUGUCGGCAAAGACUCCGCCGCGACGACAGCUUCUCAGCGAGCAGUUCCUUGGCUGGCCGAAGGCAAAGAAUCCUCCGCGCAAGCCACUUGCCUGCAGUUUGCAGAUGUCGGGCCAGGGCUCCGUCUUCUUGGCCAUGGCGUCCGACAUGCAGAAGUUCCAGCAACCCACACUUCUCACUUCCCUUCCCUCCUUGCGAGCUGAGACAGCCAGCCCGAAGUGGCGUGUCGACCACGAGGUGUUUGGGAGCCCCACGCUGAUGCCGCACCUCGAGGAGCUCGAAAGUGGGAUAUAUCGAUCCGGCCAGCGCGAAAGUUCUCUGCUCUCCACCAUGAGCCUCUUCACGAACUACUCGAAGCGAAGCUGCGGCCGUGCCUUUCUGCAGAGAGUCGUGGACUCCGCGAAGUUUGAGUUCCUUUGUGGCCUGUUGAUCUUGGCGAAUUCGGUUCUGCUUGGGGCCACCAUUCACUGGCAAGCACGCCACCGCACAACUGGCAUGCCGGACGUCAUGCAUGCGGUGAGCUUUGCCUUCAAUGCUUUCUUCGUGUUGGAGCUCUGCGCACGGCUUGCUGCCUAUGGGUGCCGAGCAUUCUUCUGCACAUCGAGCAACUACAAGAUCAAUUGGUUCGAUACGGGAAUCGUGUUGACGAUCUUGCCGCAGCUCGUCGCGGAUGUGUUGAACAUGGAUGCAACAAGGUUUUCACAUCAUGGCAGCAACUUGCGCGUCCUGCGAGCUCUCCGGCUUGUCCGACUUCUCCGACUUGUUCGGUUGCUGCGUGUUGUGCGGUUCUCCCGAUCGCUCCAGACCCUUCUCCAUUCCAUCUUCGUGACUCUUCGAGAUCUGUUUUGGGCGAUGCUGCUUCUGGCGCUGUUGGUGUACAUGUUCGCCGCAGCUUUCACAGAGGCUGUAAACCGUGCCCUUGUCAAUUCUCCUGACGCCUUCUUGCCGGAGGAGGCCGCGGCACUGGCAAGGCUAUUUGGAGACCUGCAGCUGUCCAUCCACACUCUGUUCAUGUCCAUCGCUGGUGGUUUGUCGUGGGUCGAGGCCACGAAUGCGCUUCAACGGAUCAGCUGGUGCUGGGUCUACCUCUUCUGCUCGUACGUGGCUUUCAGUUUAUUUGCCGUCCUCAACGUGAUGACAGGUGUCUUCUGCAAUUCUGCGAUCAAGGGUGCAGAGAAAGACCAGGAGAUGGCUGUGCAGGCGCUGAUGGUCGACAAGCAUGAGCUCAAGAACGUGUUGACCAAGCUCUUCCGGGACAUGGAUGUGAAUGACGAUGGCUCUGUAUGCUACAAAGAGUUCAAGCAGUGCAUGCAGGACGAGAAGGUGAAGAACCUUUUCGAAGCUUUGGACCUCGGGCCAGGGGAUGCGACGCUCAGACUCAUCUUGUGGCUUAGGGCUUCGGGAUUUGAGGAUUUCAGAGUCCCAGAGGCAAUGGCUGGAGGUCAUGGCAGCUUGAACAGAGAUGAAUGCCAAUCUUCCUGA